GUGUGCUGGUGGCGGGGGCCUUUGGGAACUUCUGCACGGAGGCGACAGGUUUCUCUCGUCUGUUUCCUGGACUGACGUCUCACCUGCUGAUGCUGCCGUUCUGGUUCAGAGUCCCCUUCUUCAGAGACUACAUCAUGUGUGGAGGCCUGGUGUCCUCCUGUAAGUCCAGCCUGUCUCACCUCGUCAGUCAUCCUGCAGGAGGAAACGUCGCCGUCAUCGCAGUGGGCGGAGCCCCGGAGGCUCUGGACGCUCGACCAGGAGCUUUAAAACUACAGGUCCUGAACAGGAAGGGCUUCAUCAAAUUGGCUCUCAAACACGGAGCUCAGCUGGUCCCAGUCUUUUCCUUUGGAGAAAACGAGUUGUUUGAUCAGAUGGAGAAUCCCAGCGGCUCGUCUCUGAGGAGGCUGCAGAACCGGCUGCAGAGCAUCAUGGGAGUGGCAAUGCCUCUGUUUCACGCCAGAGGAGUUUUCCAGUACAGCUUUGGUCUGAUGCCCUACAGGAAGCCCAUCCACACUGUCGUGGGAAGGCCGAUCUCAGUGGUCCAGACUCCCAGUCCCAGCAGAGAGGACAUCGAGUGUCUCCAUAAAGUUUACCUGCAGAGUCUCACUGAGCUGUUUGAGCAGCACAAACACACCUAUGGCCUCCAGGAGCACCAGCACCUUACCUUCAUAUGACCUUUACAUGACCUUCAUCUCACCUUCACAUGACCUCCAUAUGACCUUAACGUGAUCUCUAUCUCACCUUGAAAUGACCUUCAUCUGACCUUCACAUGACCUUUAUCUCACCUUUAUAUGACCUUCACAUUGCCUUCAUAUGACCAUCACAUAAACACCUGGCCUUCAUAUCACCUUUAUCUUCAUCUCUCACCUUCACAUGACCUUCAUAUCACCUUCACAUGGCCUUCAUCUCACCUUUAUAUGACCUUCACAUGGCCUUCAUAUGACCAUCACAUAAACACCUGGCCUUCAUAUCACCUUUAUCUUCAUCUCUCACCUUCACAUGACCUUCAAUUCACCUUUAUAUGACCUUCAUCUCACCUUUAUAUGACCUUCACAUGACCUUCAUCUCACCUUUAUUAGACCUUUAUAUGACCUUCAUCUCACCUUUAUAUGACCUUCACAUGACCUUCAUCUCACCUUUAUUAGACCUUUAUAUGACCUUCACAUGGCCUUCAUAUGACCUUCACAUAAACACCUGACCUUCAUAUCACCUUCAUCUUCAUCUCUCACCUUCACAUGACCUUCAUAUCACCUUCAUCUUCAUCUCUCACCUUCAUACGACCUUCAUUUCACCUUUAUAUGACCUUCACAUGACCUUUAUCUCACCUUCAUCUAACAAUCAUCUCACCUUCAUAUGACCUUCAUUUCACCUUUAUAUGACCUUUAUCUCACCUUUAUUAGACCUUUAUAUGAACUUCUCAUGACCUUCAUGUGACCUUCACAUAAACACCUGACCUUCAUAUCACCUUCAUCUUCAUCUCUCACCUUCACAUGACCUUCAUAUCACCUUCACAUGGCCUUGAUCUCACCUUUAUAUGACCUUCUCAUGACCUUCAUAUGACCGUCACAUAAACACCUGACCUUCAUAUCACCUUCAUCUUCACAUCUCACCUUCACAUGACCUUCAUAUGACUUUCCCUAUGAUGUGUACAUAAACAUUACUACAUUUCCAUGACAACAGGAGCUGGUUGAUUUGAAAGUAAAACUUUCUUCUUAUUUCUGUUGACAUUUGUAACGUUUCUGUUGAACUGUUUCACUGUGUGUUGAAGAGCGACGUAAAUAUGUUAUUGAGUAUUUAUUAUGUUUCUUUAAUAAUUACAUGAUGAUGUAACAUUGACAGCUUGGUCAUGCAGAGGUCUAAUGUGACAUCACAGUGACAUCAUAGUGACAUC